CGACCAAACCGGAAACGAUUUACCGUUAUAUGAGCAUAGGAAACAUGUGAAGAAAAGAGUACAGCUGAUAUUCUGGUUAUUCCAGAUUCCAGACAAAUACGAGUUGAUUUUGCAAUUUGCAUGAGAAAAAUACCUGCCCGGAAGCGAUGGAAAUAUGGCCAGCGAGUGAACUGACUUUCCUCGAAAACGACUUGGAUUAACUUAAGUUACAGUGACGCUAGAGAUGGCAAAUCAUUAGUUUCAUCAGUUAUUAAUAUAAUACACGAUUAAACAGUCAUUCACUCGAUGUCACGAUGGACGGGCCGAUGCGUGUGUUGGUGACGGGUGGCAGUGGGCUGGUGGGACGAGCGAUAGAGCGAGUGGUGAAAGAGGGCGAAGGGAGAGAAGGAGAAGAAUGGAUAUUCCUCUCAUCCAAAGAUGCCAAUCUCAUGAGCGCCGAGGAGACGAGAUCAGUCUUCCAGAAGCAUCGUCCGACACACGUCAUUCAUUUGGCCGCCAUGGUGGGCGGGCUCUUCAGAAACAUGAGACAGAACCUGGACUUCUGGAGGAAUAAUGUAUUUGUCAAUGACAACGUGCUGCAGACGGCUCAUGAGUUCGGGGUGGUGAAGGUCGUUUCUUGUCUGUCUACGUGUGUAUUCCCUGAUAAAACCACCUACCCGAUAGAUGAGACCAUGAUCCAUAACGGUCCGCCACAUGAGUCUAAUUUCGGUUAUGCCUACGCCAAACGCAUGAUUGAUGUCCACAACAGAGCGUGUUUUCAGCAGUACGGUCAGAGAUACACAGCCGUCAUCCCCACCAAUGUGUUUGGACCCCAUGACAACUUCAACAUUGAGGACGGUCACGUGCUUCCAGGAUUGAUCCACAAGACAUACCUUGCAAAGAAGGAAGGUCAACCUCUGCAGGUCUGGGGUUCAGGUCGUCCUCUACGGCAGUUCAUCUACUCUCUGGAUCUGGCUCGUCUGUUUCUGUGGGUUUUAAGGGAGUAUGACGAGGUGGAGCCUAUCAUUCUGUCAGUCGGAGAGGAGGAUGAGUUGUCCAUAAAGGAUGCUGUGGACGCUGUGGUUGAAGCGAUGGGUUUCAAAGGUGACGUGAUUUAUGACACAAGUAAAGCAGACGGUCAAUUCAAGAAGACCGCCAGUAACGCCAAACUACGCAAAUACCUGCCAGACUUCAAGUUCACACCGUUCAAAGCAGCUAUGAAGGAGACGUGCGAUUGGUUUGUGGCCAAUUAUGACAUCGCCCGUAAAUGAAGAUUCUCAUUGGCCGAGGUUCUGGAUUUCAUAGUAGCUUUCAUUGGCCAAGGACCAGAGGCCGUCCGACUGAAGUGUAAAACAAGCGAUCACAGUCCGUUUUGUUCAGCAUCACGUUUAGGGACGUGAAAACUUAUCAUAAUUUUUUAAAACACAGUAUUUAGUUGAUCAUAACAAGCGUUUAUUGUUACAGUUGUAAAUACUUCGGCUUUCUGUAUUGGUACGAUGACACACAUCUGGUGUCUGGUAGACUUUGAAACUCCAGUUUUGUGUUACAUAUGCAUUAGGGUGCUUUCGCAUCUUUAGUUCGGUUCAUUUGGUCCAGACCGAGGGCGAAAGAUGAUUUGGGUUCCUUUUCACGCCACACUGAUUGCUCUGGUCACGUGACAACAUCCACAUCACUCUUUGGCCAGAUGUGUCUUGAACAUAUUUCCAUAACUGCACUCCGAUUGGUCAGUAUUAACGUGCGGGAAAAUGCCAACAGAACUAAACACAGAAGAGUCUGCCUCAAACUAAGACUAUAUUUAGGGAGUUCAAUGCUGGACACCACUGAUCAAACACCUUGAACAACCCGUAAUCGUUUUUAUGAAACAAAAUCAUUGAACACUGCUUUUGUUGUUUUUCUUAAAGACGUACAUUUUACAGUUCUGCAGUGACUAAAACUUUUCAAAUGCAUUUAUUAAAUGCAUGUACUGCUUCCUUUCCCUAUGGAAGCUUUUUUCUGCCACAGAAUAAUCAAGAAAAAAGGUAAUUGUGAUUUUUUUUUUUAUCUCACAAUACUGACUUUUUUUUCUCACAAUUGUGAUAUAAACUCACAAUUGCAUAAUAUAAAGUCAGAAUUGAGUUAUAUAAACUCACAAUUGAGUGUUACAAAGUCAGUAUUACAUGUUAUUGAGUCACAAAAGAGAGAUAUGAACUCGCAAUUGCGUGUUACAAAGUCAGUAUUACAUGUUAUAAAAGACAAUUGAGUGAUCUCAACUCACAAUUGUGUGUUAAAACGUCGGGAAUCCUUUCACAUCUUGGCAAAUGAUCGGCCAAACUUGCAAAAAUGACAACUGAAGUAGGCUACAUAGAGUUGUUCAUUUAAUAAUAAUAUGAUUUUGGGCUUUAAUCGUGCGUCCCUACAUACAAUAAUAAUAAACAUGCAGCUCUUUAAUCUUUGGAUUAAUCUUUUUAAUCUUUUGUCUUUGGAUGAUCACAUCCCUGGUUUUAUUUGUUUGUUUGCUGCUGUACAUUUCCCUCUGUUUUUACUGGUUUAGCAGGGGAUGUUCUGGGUUGAUUUUGUAAUGUACUGUAAUAAAACUAAAUUAUGUUUAUUGUGCUUUUCUAUAAAAAGGAUUUUUGGA